AUGAAGUCUGCAGUCUUGGCCGCAGGCUUUCUGCUGGGAUCAGCGAGUGCACUGACUACUGAGUCGAUGCUGGCUGCCCCUCGCAGAAGCACUGGUAUUCUCAGUCCAAAAGGCGAUCGAGCUCUCUUCACUGAGACCAAAUUCAACUGGACAAGUGAAAAAUCGACGACGAGCUGGUACUUUAUUGAUACAAACACUGGCGAGACCACAAAGGCGCCAUUCGGUAGCGACGUAUCUGAACUUGUUUGGGUUGGCGAAACUGAGGACAGCAUCCUCUACAUCAACGCCACCAAUGAAAUCAUUCCAGGUGGUGUAACACUCUACACCGUUGACCUUUCUGGCGACUCGUUCGAACCGAAACUAGUGGCAUCGUUACACGCACCUCUAUCCGGAUUGAAGGCGGUAAAGACGGAAUCUGGUGAUAUCAACUUUGUUGGUAAUACUCUUGCCUAUGAGAACAACGGUACUGCAUACAAUGAAGAGCUGGUGACUGCCCCCAAGAGUCUCGGUCGGCUCUACGAUUCCAAUUUUGUCCGUCAUUGGAAUUACUACAUCACUGCAGAGCGAUAUGCUGUCUUUAGUGGCAUUCUAAGCGGUGGUAACGGGAGCUACUCGUAUGCUGGCGAGCUCAAGAACCUCUUGUCUGGGAUGAACUACACUGUCACGCGACCCGAAAGUCCUGUCCAAGGUUCCUCAAGCGACCCGAGUGACUACGAUUUGUCUCCCGAUGGGAGCAUGGUCGCUUUCCGCUCAAAGGCUCCUGAAUUACCAAAAGCGAAUUACACCGCUAGUUACAUUUACAUUGUUCCACACGAUGGUUCCGAAGUCGCUGUUCAGGUCAACGGCCCAGGUUCGAGCGCGCCUGAGACUGCGCAAGGUGCAUCCGGUUAUCCUACUUGGUCUCACGACAGCAAGAAAUUGGCUUUUGGUCAGCAAGAUGGCAUCGAUUACGAGUCGGAUCGUUUUAAACUUUACAUUGCGGACAUCGACGGUCUGACCUCGCAAGUCCGAUCCGUAGCCGAAGACUGGGACUCUGCUCCCUCUUCUCUACAGUGGAGUCCAGACGAUGUUGAUCUAUGGGUAGUUUCGGAGUUGCACGCUUCGAAUCGGCUGUGGCUUGUGCCUGCAGAUGCCCCUGCAGACUUUGAGCCCGUCAACUUCACCGGGCCUGACACGGUUCUCUCCGAAUUCGCUGUACUGCCCGACGGCUCAGCCUUUGUUUCGGCGGCGGCUAGCUGGACAAGCCGCAUGUUCUACACGCAAUACCCCGGCCAAGACAAGAAGGUGCUUUUCACUGCCAAUGAAGUCGACCCUGAGCUUGAAGGAUUAUCAUCAGACUCUGUCAGUAAUUUCUGGGUUACAAACGACGAUGGAGACGAGAUACAGACUUUUGUAUUCUACCCAAGUGGUUUCGAUCCAAGCAAGAAAUAUCCGCUGGCCUUCAUUAUCCACGGUGGCCCUCAGUCUACGCAAGGGGAUAAUUGGAGUGUCCGCUGGAACCUCCGUCUCUGGGCUGACCAAGGCUUUGUUGUGACCUCUACGCAAUUCACAGGCUCUCCAUCUUAUAGUCAAGCCUUCACCGACAAGAUUCAAGCCAACUGGGCUGGAACCCCGUACACCGAUCUCGUAAAAGUCUUUGAACACAUGCGCGACAACAUCGACUACAUUGACACUGAUCGUGCGAUAGCCGCAGGUGCUUCAUUCGGCUGCUACAUGAUCAACUGGAUCCAAGGCCAUGAUUUUGGCCGCGAGUUCAAAUCGCUCGUCUGCCACGACGGUAAGAUCAAUCAAGUCGGUUCCUACGCCACCGAAGAACUCUGGUUCAUCCAACGCGACAACAACGGUACGAUCUGGAACGACCGCGCAAACUACGAAAAAUGGGAUCCUCUUGCGCACAUUGCCAAUGCCAGCACGCCCGAGUUCAUCAUCCACAACGACUUAGAUUACAGGGUUGUGCAGGCGGAAGGUUUGCAAACCUUCAACAUCUUGCAGAGCCUUGGUGUCCCAAGUCGGUUCUUGCACUUCCCGGAUGAAGGUCAUUGGGUCACGAAUCGUCAGAACAGUUUGUUGUGGCAUAAGGCUAUUUUCAACUGGAUCAGGUACUGGACGGGCCUGGACGAAGAAUUGAUGACUGAUGGUGUUGUUACACAGUAG